UGCUCAAAAAAGAUCUGUUGGUAGGCAAUGCGAAGGUGCAUUCAUGUCAUCCUGCAGGCGGAAUUCUCCACGAGUUUUGAGCAGCCUCGGUUUUCCCACCACCUCCAAAUCAUGCAAGACACAGGGUAAGAGCAAAGACAAGGUGGCUCUGGCCGAUGUCCACCCUCUCGGUGCGUCCCUUCUCUUCUCUCCUCCUUGGGCAGGGAGACCUUCGGGGUGCAACCUGGCUGGGGCGGGGUGGAGGUGGAGGGCCUGGCCAGAGCGGGCCUGGCUACGGGCAGGGGACAGCGACCGCCUAGGCCGGGGCAGGUGAGCGCGGCGCAGGCCCCGGCCCGGCGUGUCCGCCGUGCGCGCGAGUGGCCAGCAGAGGGCGCCAGAGAGCCAGGAGCGGCCCGCAGAGGAGCCCGCGCCGGCACCGUUGCCCAGCUCCGCGCCGCGCGGACCCACCGAGCCCGCGCUCGCGCCCCAGCUCCGCCGAGAGGCCGCUCGCGCCGGGUCCUUCCUCUUCCCCAAGCGCAGGCAGAGCCCCCGGAGCCAUGGCCAGCCCUUCCGGCAGCUCCGAAGCCACUGGCAAGCCCCGAGGCAGGGAUGGCCGGCCCAGGAGGGAGGAGGACGACGUCCCUCCCGGGGAGAAGAGGCUGCGGCUGUUGCUGGAGGGGAGAAGCGCACAGCCCGAGGACUGCGAGGACGGAGAAGACGCGCCGCGGCCGGGCAGGGAGGAGACCGGCACCCAGACAGGUGGCGACGGCAGAGGAGGGAACAAAACGGCAUCAUCCCACUAUUCCAGGGGAGGUGCUAAAUAUGAGGGUGAGGCUGUCAAGCGGUCCCUGGUGGAGUCCUACACUCACCCGAACAGCAACGAGACAGAGCGGAGGGAGAACAUCGAUACCGUCAUGAACUGGUUCACCAAGGAAGACUUUGACUUUGUGACACUGUACUACAGAGAGCCAGAUAACACGGGACAUCGAUUCGGGCCAGAGGCAGAGAACAGGAAGUUGAUGAUUCAGCAAAUCGACAGGACCAUCGGGUAUCUGGUGGGAGCCACUGAGAAGCACAGCCUGCAGAGCACCUCAGCGUCAUCAUCACAUGAGACCAUGGGAUGACCACCAUGAAGAAGAGACUCAAUGUCAACCAGAUCCCUUGUCCAACUACAUCAAGUUCAGGGACUGCGUCAAGUUUGAUGUUGUGGGCUAUGGUGGCUUUGGGAUGCCCCUAACCAAAUUGGGGAAAGAGGAAGCCCUUUACCAGGCACUGAAGAAUGUGCACCCUGACCUCCACGUCUACAAGAAGGAGUUUCCAGAACACUUCCAUCUCGCUAAACAUGACCAAGUUCUGCCAAUCGUGAUGUAUGCCAACUGCGGUUACAGUAUUAGUGGGAGAAUUAUAAUGUGUUUCAACAAAGGCAGCCAUGGCUUUGAUAAUGUCCUCAUGGAUAUGAAGACCAUAUUCAGAGAUUUCGGGCCAGAUUUCAAGAGGAAUCGCCUGGCCGAGCCUUUUAACAGCAUCCACAUCUACC